AUGACCAGAAUGACAAAGUGGGACCCCGAAAACGACAACAUUGUCAAGAGCUUCGUCAAGGAGCAUGGCCGCGAGUGGUCGAUCAGCGAAAUGGCCGACGAACUCAAGUCACAACUGCCUGGUUUCGACAACUCGUCUAUUCAGCGCCGCAUUCUGCAGUGGCUCCAGAAUCCAAGAGGACCGUCUGACCUCCUGUGA